CAUUAACCUCAGUACUUGUCUGGUACUUAUUUUAUCGACCCUGAAAGGAUGAAAGUCAAAACUGACUUCAGCGGAAUUUGAAGUCUGAAAAGAGAGUCGAAAGAAAUGCCUCUAAGCAUUUUAUCCUACGUGGUAACAGUUCUGCUAGUUGUUUGCCUGACAAUGUACAAUAAAUAGUUUUCUUUUGAAGUCGUUCCAGAAUCGGAUUACAUUUCUAAUUUUACAACAACUCCAAUUUUAUAUGCGACGGGAGAUAAUUCUCAAAGCAAUGUGAUAGCUGGAAAGGUUAAAUAGAGGAACACAGGCCACAUUUAUAAUAAAUGUAUACAUAAUAUUAAAAAGUACUUGAACUUUGUAAAGAUGAUUAAAAUUGGUUAUUUAUUCCAGAUGCAUCACUGUAACAGGCCGACGUCUUUAUUACUAUUAUUAUUAAACAGAAGUAAUUUCAAACCCACCCUGACACAUAGUAACUGUUUGUUGGCCGUCCCUAACCUAAAACCAGUCUUUCCACUUAUUCGGACGUCCCGACUGCACUCCGCCUGUUCCAACAUUAACAAAGACAGCCGAAUACUAAGAACAGCUGCAUCGAAAUGCACCAAUGUAAAUAUCAGAUUUGCAUCGGAGAAAAAACAGACAGACAGCGAGGACCCUGGCGAAAAAAAGGAGUUGAUGGAGGCAUGGAAAAGCCCUUACGAAGGUUUAAACUUAGGCGAAAAAGUGAAAGAAGCUAGUAAGGAUGUGACAUAUACAGGUGUUAUAAUUGUUGGAGUUGGUAUCACAGCUAUCAUGUUUUAUGCCAUUGCUAAAGAACUGUUGUCCAAAGAGAGUCCAAAUGCUGUGUUCGGAGAAGCCUUCAAGAGAUGCAAAAAUGAUCCUGAGGUGCAGCAACUGUUGGGUGAACCAAUCAAAGCAUACGGAGAGGAAUCGGGCCGACGCAGAAGACGCCAUGUGAGUCAUGCAGAAUUUAAAGUCGGUGAUGCGAAACACUUACGACUGAGGUUUUAUAUUGAAGGUCCGUACAGGAAAGCUACAGUCAACUUGGAGAAGAAACAGAAUGAAAAUGGCAAAUAUGAAUAUCGCUAUCUGUUUGUCCAGUGUGACUCGUACCCCAACCAAGUCGUGAUUCUUGAAGACAACCGAUAAACGAGCUUGCUUAGACGGCAGAAAGAUUGCGAUGAUAGAGGUGGGCAUGUUAAAAGAAAAAUAAUUAAAACAAACAUAUAAAUGAAUUUUAUAAUAUUGAUUUAGCUGCUAGUUGACGUGGCUUACCCCUCUCAUUAGCAAUGUAUUCAUAAUUCUGACAGUAAAAAGAAAAAAAAUUUUUCUGGUUUUUAAAAUAAAAUUUUUUUUUUUUUUUUUUUUAAAUACAUUACUUUACCAAAAAUGCAGUUAAAUAAAAGGGGGAGUAGAUCUAAUCAGACAUUUAAUUACUGCCAGAAAUGUGGCCCCAAAAAAUUAAAAAGAUAUACUAUUGAACAAUGAAAUACAAAAACACUGCUAAUACAUAAUGAAAUAAAUGGUUUUUUUUUAAAUAAAAUAUAUAUAAAAUAUA